GCGGGCCGGGACACUGCGCUUUAUCGCCCCUUAAUCAGCGCUUUGCUUCAGCCCGAUUUUCUCCUCCGUAGCGAGAGGGGGAAAGCUUGUAGCCAUUGCUCCCACUGCUCGUAGGAAGAAAGGUUAUCGGCUGUGACCUGCUCCUCUGCUUCACGGGUUUUGAGUAAACAGUAACAGCUUGUAAAGAAGUGAGCUGAGAUUGACCAACCGUGAAGGAAGGAGAGGAUCCUGAAGCAACGACAAGCUCUUUGCAUCUGGCACCUGUCCCAGAGGACUGCUCCCGUACCAGUUCUGUUCCUAGUGGGACCAUGGACGGAGAGGAGACAUCACCAAGUCAUCACUCAGAAGAGAGCAGCAUAUUGGACCUCCCCUCUGUCUGUGACCUAGCAGAGGGCUUUCUGUCUCCACACAGCACUGAGAACAGUGAGGAACUUUUUAAUUUUGUGGAUACUUUUCCCUCUCCACUCACAGGAGACAGCAAUCUACCCUCUACAGUUCCUGCAGACUUUUCUGCUGGAGGCUCUGAGAAAGCAAAUGUGAGAUGUUAUCCAGAAGCCAGGAUGUGUGAGCACACUGAACCUAAUGAUGCUGCUCUCUCAAGUAUGCAUGAACACAAUAGUAUGGAAGAUGCAAGCAUCAGGAAAUCUCUCGAUAGCUUUUACAAAACAUACUGCAAGAAACAGCCAGACAGCAUGGAUCCCACCUAUGAGGCUGCAUCACAAUGUCUUUUGAAGAAGAUUUCAGAGCUAGCAGACCGGGAUGGUACCAAAUAUGCAUUGCGUUGCCUGCAGUUGGCCCAGCUGGUCUUGAACAGAGACGGAUGUGAGAUCUUUCCAAACCACCCCACUACUGCAUGUUUUUCCAAGCCUGCUGAGGGAGAAGUCAUGGUAGAGGACAGAAAGAGAACACCUGGACUAUCAGAUGACGUCCUGCAAUUCCUCUUCAAACAAACACAGAUGGAAUGUAGCCCUGAUGUGCUGCAUGAGAAGUGAUCAAAAUGCUGG